CCGACGCGUGGAAGAGGCAUGGAGGCCGCCGCGAAUUGCUCGCUCCGCGUCAAGCGGCAGCUCCUGGACCCCAAUUUCGAGGGCUACAAGCUCUCGCUGGAGCCACUGGCUUGUUACCAAGUGGGGCUAGAAUCCCCGGUAGCAGAAAUCAAACUUCGAGAUGAUCAGUACACCUUGGAUCACGUGCGUGCCUUUGGCAUGUAUAAUUACCUACACCUUGAUUCCUGGUAUCAAGAUAAUGUUUAUUAUGUGGACCAACUUGGAAGAGUCAUGAAUUUAAGUGUUACUCUGGACACUGCCUUAAAAAAGCCUAAAGAAGUGUUCAGGCUUCCCACAGACUUGACAGCAUGUGAUAAUCGGCUUUGUGCAUCACUUCAUUUCACAUCUUCUACCUGGGUCACCCUUUCAGAUGGAACAGGAACAUUGUAUCUGAUUCAAACAGGCCAGCGUGGUGAUGGUUCAUGUGAAAAGUGGGAUAUAGUAUUCAGUGAAGAAUUUGAGAUCCCCUUUGUUAUAGUCCACAGUAUCUCCUUUCUUCAGCUGGAUGUACAUUCAGUAGAUGUUUUACUCCUGCGAAUAGAAAAGGAUGAAUUGGAUAUACAAGGUAGUGGCUUCCAUGUUUCCUUGGAGUGGGUCACAGUUGCGAAAAAGGGUAAGGAUGGUGAUCAAAGGUAUGAAAUUUCCAAACGCCGAGUUCUUCAAGGGAAAUCAGUUCCUCACUAUGCAGCUAUAGAGCCUAAUGGAGAUGGCCUGAUGGUUAUCUCUUACAAGCCUUACACACUUGCACAGAAUGAUGAGAAUAAACUGGAGGAAAGUGAAAAGGAGAAAGACGAAGAGAACAAGAAAGAACCCCUGUACUACUGGAAACAGACUGAAGAUGAUUUGACAAUUACUCUUCACAUCAACAAAGAGUUGACAAAAGAGGACAUCCAAGUGCACUUCUCUCCAGAUUAUCUUCGUGUGGCAGUGAAAGAUGCGUCCGUUGUUCUAGAAGGAGCUCUUUUUUCAUCAAUUGAUCAUGAAAGUUCUACAUGGAUAAUUAACGAAAAGAGCUUGGAUAUUUCUUUGAUUAAGAAGGAAGAAGGACUGCUGUGGCCAGAGCUGAUCAUUGGUGACUCUCGUGGUGAAUUCAUCAUGGACCCAGCCCAGAGUAGUGCAGUAGCUGAGCGGCUAAUGCAUCUUACCUCUGAAGAAAUGAAUCCAGACCCUAACAAAGAGAACCCUCCAUGUAAUGCUCAGGAGCUGGAAGAAUGUGACAUUUUUCUUGAAGACAGUACAAGUUUGUGCAGAUUUGAUGGUAACAGCUUGAACAUCACUCAUGUGGUAAAUCUGGGAAGCAAUCAAUAUCUCUUUUCAACUGUGGUGGAUCCCAAGGAAAUGCCAUGCUUCUGCUUACGACAUGAUGUUGAUGCUCUUCUUUGGCAACCACGUCCGGAUCAACAGGAUAAGUGGGAGCAUAUUUCUACUUUCAAUGCAUUAGGUUAUGUACAAGCAUCAAAGCGGGACAAGAAAUUCAUGGCUUGUGCUCCAGAUCAUUCAUAUUCUGCCCUUUGUGAAUGCCUGCGGCGAGUGUUCAUCUAUCGACAACCAACUCCCCUGUCUACAGUUCUCUACAACAGAAAGGAGGGAAGACAAGUAGGGCAGGUUGCUAAGCAGUUGGUAGCAACUCUGGAAACCCAUGAUCCUGUUUUGGGAUUUCAGGCAACAAAUGAGAGAUUAUUUGUUCUCACAACAAAAGUCCUGUUUAUCAUAAAAUAAAAAAUCAUAGCGCUGAGAAUUAAUGAUUAAGUAUAUCCUGUUUAUCUCUGCAAUCAAAAUGGGCUCAAAUAAUGACUAUGUUAAUUAGGGGGGAUGUACCAGAGGCUUGCUCUCAAUGGAAAAGCAAUGUAUCAUAUUCCCUUUUUUCUAAAGUCUGACCAAACUAUAUCUUACUAUUUACCUAUAUUUAAGAGGGAUUGAAGUGUUAGCUUUAUUUUUAAUAAAUGAUUUAUUAUUUCUGUGAAAUGUCUUGUUCUGUUGAGAAACACAAGAAAGCUGUUGAGUUCUUUCUUUUUCUGGUGACAGAAAUGGCAUUUGUGAAAGGUUAUUUUUUUCUGUAUAUCCAAAUAUAUAAUUUUCAAUCAUGGUUCUUUUAAAAGCUCAUUGAAGGUACACUUUGCUUAUAUUAGCAUUUUAUCACAGCAGUUUCUUGCUGAUCUCCUAAUUUAGCCCAUUUCCUCUUUUUUGGAUGGGUGGGGGAAUAAAUGCAAUUUUCAGCUGAGGAAAGAUUUUAAUCUUUUGUUUUGUUUUUGCUUUUCAUUUCUUUUAAAAUGGCCUCACCCAAAGCUUGCAUAGGCCCAUUAGAAAAUUACAGUUACUAUCAACAUCUACUUUUGUCUGCCUUAUUUUUAAUUGAAGCUUAGGAAGUCUUUUUUCUGUGCAAAUGUGUUAAUUUGGAUUGUAUUUGGGUUUCAGAUGAAAACCUACAAGCAUUUUAGAAAUAAAAUUGAUUUUAAAAAGUGA